UGCCACAUCAGCAGCAGCAUAGUGCCACGUCAGCCCUUGCCGCCUGCCACAGCGGCAUAUGCCAGCGGUCACCCGCUCAAUGACGGGCGACAUGGACCGGAAGGAAGGGGAGACCGAGGCGGCCUAUGAGGCCCGCAUGUUGGAUCUGACGGCGGAAAUGAAGAAGAGAACAGAUGCGGCCACAGCCGCAAGAAAAAAAAAGGAAGAGGACUUAGAGGAACAACGCCGUCUUGCAGAAGAACAGCACAAGAAGGGCGAAGCAGCAGCAGCAAAGGCUGCAGAUGAAGAACGGGUACGGCGGCGUCAAGGACUGUUCAAGGAGGAAUGCGCAUUGCAUGCGCUGGCCGCUGAUUGGCGGAAGGAGGCCGAGGGAGAGGCAGCCAACGACUGCAGGAGCAAGCUUGCAGUACUGCUUACCCGUGUCAUGGACCCGCUGGCCACCUGCAUUGCACAGCAGGAGGAUAUCUACAGUCUCGACCACGUGUUUGCACGAAACAUCCUGUUCGAGUGCAAACUCUUCCACGGAGACCCAAACCAGAUCACCGGCGUGGAUGGGACAUGGCACGCGACGCCUGUUGGCUUGCUGCUGCAUGCGGACUUGAGCCUUUUGCAUGUUCGCGCGGGCUUGAGCCAGCAAUUCCCUGUACUUCCGGACGGAAGCGGGAGAGCAAGCGGCAUCUAUGUCGGCUUUUCGUGGAAGAAGAAGAUCAACGAAGAUACGACCUUUCCGGCCACCGUGGUGCAACUCGAAUGGAGUCACGCCGAUCGUCAGAUGCAACUAAGUGUUGUAGGCGAACUCGAUGUCGGGGAGGCGGUCAACGCAAUCCUUCUGAUCCGGACAGAUGAGCGUAUGAAACAUCAUUUGAGCGGUUUGAUGUGCCCGCUCCGUCUGCCCGUUCGUUUGUGGAUGUCGAGCCGAACUUGGUUUCAUCUUGGUGUCGGAUUCCUGCAUGAGAGAAGUCCAGAAUGCCGACAUGAAACGAGUGUCGCGGUCGUUGACGAUGUCUUCCAGUACGUCGUGGUUGCAAAUCCAGCUGGUGUGCAAGAGGCGCACAAGUUUAGGAGUCGUGGCGUAGUUCUUGCAAGGGAGAAAUUGUGCGUAUUAACUCGAUCGGUUAAUGACCGUGAGGAUGUCGUCGUGCCCGAGGCGGUCGCGGGGAAACAGACCGGUGACGUCCAUAGCAAUGGAGAGGCUGGGUUCCCGUGGGAUGGGCAACGGGCGCAACUCACCGUGGGGAUUGCGGUUGUGGGGCUUGCUUCGACGACAAACUUUGCAAGAGUCGCAAUACCGAGUGACAUCGGUAACGAGGUCGGGCCAUUGGAAUCGUUGCCAAAGUCGUGCGAUAGUCCGAUUGACUCCGAAAUGGCCGGUGAGUCACGGUUCGUGGUGCUCGCUGAGAAGGCGAGUCCAAAGACGACGGUCUCGUGGGACACACAAUAAGUCCUUGCCUCCCGAGUGGAGAAUCAAGUACCCGUCGGCGAUGUGAUAAUGGCUGGCCAGCGGGUGAUCCGAAGAUAGCUGCACAUAUAGCAUGGCGAAAUCUGGAUCGGACUGGUAGCCCCGAAUGAAAUGCCGCUGAAGUU